AUGAACUUCUUUUUUUCCAAGUGCAUACCACCUAAGAUUGAUUUGCUAAUGAUUGGGAAAACCGGAAACGGAAAAAGUUCCACUGGAAAUAGCAUCUUAAGAAAACGGACGUUCCAAAGCGGGUCAACCACGUCUUCGUUAAAACAAAGUUUCUAUAGUGGGACAACAGAACACAACGGUCGUCAGUUAAAAGUCGUGGACGGUCUGACAUUCUGUGACACCAGGCUGGACAGUGCACGGUCAGUUGAGGAGACAACUGAGUCCGCUAAACUGGCUCUGGCAGCCAAUCCUGAAGGAUAUCACGCUUUUCUUCUUGUGCUUAAAUAUGGCAAGAGGUUCACUCGAGAAGAACAUGCCUCGGUUGAUACCUUAAAAAAGGUUUUUGGCGAUAAUUUCCUAAGAAAAUACGGAAUCCUUAUUAUAACUUAUGGGGAUAUUUUCAAGGAAGAACAACGUGGAAAGAUUGACAAAAGAACGACCUUCUCCCAAUGGUGCGAAAAACAAGACGGCGCCUUUAAAGAUUUGCUUGAAGAAUGUGACAAUAGGGUCAUCUUAUUCAACAACAGCACUCAGGCCAAACGGGUUAAAGUCAAACAAAUUGAAAAAUUAAUAAAAAAUAUCGAUAAGUUACUUAGCGCUCGCCGCUUUACCAACAAGCGCUUGGAAAGAGUUCAGAUCCAAAAUCAGAUCCAGCCUGCCACGUAUUCACCACUUGACUACCCAGAUUCUCCACCCAAAGAUAAAAGUGAGGAAUACGAAAAUCUGAGAAAAGAGCUCGAACUUAUUAAGAAAAAACAACAAGAAAUCGAAGAGAAUUUCCAGAAAAAAUUUGAAGAAAUUGAGCAGAGAAUGCAAGACAAAAAAGGCAAUUGUCGAGAGACAGCACAGGUAUUGGAACAUGAGACAGUAGACUUAGUCACACUUUACAAGAUGUUGAGUCAAACCAAUACUGUCCAGGUCAUUCUUGCCAAGAUGGAAGAAUUAUCAGGAGGUUUUCGAGACCUGACUCAAACCUUGGAAACUCGACAAAAACAGGUUUCUGAUGAAAGCGCUUUCUCUCGUAGAUGUAUUGAAGAAAUACAACAAAGUCGACAACAUAAAGAAGAAAUGAAACAGGUCUUCGAUAAAGAGCUGAAAAAUCAAAGGGAUGAUUAUGAAAAUCAGACUGAGGACUUAAAAGGCUAUGAGCAACAGCGUAGGGAAAUAGAACGCAAUCACCAGAAGAGGUUUGAAGAUCUGGUGCAACAGAGGCGAGACACAGAGCGCGGACCUCAAAGGAUUCCCAGAGUAAUGGAACAGGCAGGACAAGCACAGCAAGAAGGGGGAACGUUAGACCUCAAAAAUAAUCUUUCUUAAAGCCUGAAACCGGUUCAUGAAGAACUGAAGCAGGUGGAGAAGGCACAGAUAAACUUAAGUCAGCGAAUGUCAGGUGACUUAAGUCAGCAAAUGUCUUAAGUUCAGGUUAGAAUUCCAGUGUUUCUUUAACUGUGUGUCACUAAUGAGCUUUGUAAGUCAAAGUUCCGUUACUUUAUACAGGUGUUGGCACCAUAACGCACGUGUUAUUUAGGUGGCGGAGUUGUUUUUCUCAUAUUCUAAUUGCAAAAAGACAAACUUAUUUUACUUUUUAAAUAUUGUAAAGAAAAUGUUUUUUUUUCCGAAUUCACCAUUUAAAAAAAAAUCUGUUCUGUUCAGUUCAGUUAAUUAAUUGACUUAAUUAAGCGUAUAAAGAAGAC